AUGGAGCCACUACCCUUACCCACCAGUUUGGCUGAGGUGGAACAGCCAAACCCCCCUGAGACCGUCUCACGCAUCCAGGAGAUUCUCCAGAGGUUGCAAAAGUCCCCCGAGGGUUGGCAACUUGCCCAGAGCUUGAUUGGAAACCCAAAUGACAACAUCAAAUUUUAUGCGGCCUUGACGAUUAUUGUAAAACUCAACAAAGACAGUGCCAACCUCAACGACGAUGAGGCAAAGGAGCUGCUGCAAAACAUCCUUGGCUGGACAAUAGCAUCGUGCGCCCAGGGUGUUGCUCCCUUUGUGAUCAAAAAGUUGUGCGUUGCUCUCGCCACAUUCUUCAUCCACUUUUCUCAGCUAUGGCCCAACUGCCUUCGGCACUUCCUUCACAGUCUCGAUAUCGGACGGGCUACCCCUAUCGAGGCAUUGGACGACGCUCUAGAGACUCCUAUCAUUGCCAACAAUCUUGAAAUUUCGAAACUCAAGGUCGCCGUCUGGUUCGCAACCUCCCUUGUUGAAGAAGUCGGGAAGACGGAUAUGAAUUCGAUCAAGUACAUCCAUGUACACGAGCGUCUCGUUCGUAAUGCCUUCGACUUGGCCUCAUUGCUAGCACGCGGAUUCCUCCCAUCAGAUGACGCCUACCAGACUCAGGGGGAGUCGCUUGUCUGUUUUCAGGCCUGGAUUCUCUAUGCUCAGCGACUGUCCUCAAAUACCGAUGUUCUAGUGACACAUCUACGGGAACUUGUUGGCCCGGCUCUCAACUGCUUCGCCAUCGACGAUUUAUUCCAGCCGGCCGCCGAACUCUUCAGUGACGUACUGAGCAAUUAUUCGGGAUUCUUCACAGAGGCACAUUAUGCGUCAUUGGCCUCUUUAUUCGACAGCGAAUGGGCGGCAGAACACUACAACAGGGUCAUUCACGGCGACCAUCAGCUUGAUGGCAUUUCAUUUGGUCUUCUCAUGCUUGCGUAUGGUGAUGCCAAGGUGUCGGAUCUCAUGUGUAGCACAGACGAGCGGUCCCAGAGGUUUCUGGCCAGGCUGGCCGGUCUUCUCGCUGCUGAUGGCUAUCUGGUGGGCGAGGAUUCGAUAUUUGUCCCUGCCCUGGAGUUCUGGGCCACGUUUGUCGAAACCAUGAUCGACAAUAUUUACUCGGAAGACGAAGCAAAAGUAAACGUCUGGCGCUCGCAUGCUGAACAACACCUCAAGAGCGUCGUGUCGAACUGCUGGAGGAAGGCACAAUGGCCCCCUGCAGAGACUUUCGCCGAAUGGGAUUCCAAUGAGCGUGUCGGCUUUACGGAUGCGAGAAAAGACAUAGCGGAUAUGCUACAAUCUAUAUUCACUCUCGAGAAUCUCACUCUGGUCUCGUUUUUCUCUGGUCUUUUCCUCCAGGCCCUCUCUGUUCAGUCAUGGGCCGAAGUUGAGGCAUCGGCAUUCUGUCUCGGAUCCCUGUCCGACUGUAUCACGGAAGACCCCCAAUAUGACGUGGAGUUAAGCAAGGUCUUUGCUUCACCUUUUUUUGAUCUUCUCGGCCAGGCUCAAGGUCCGGUCCCGCUACGCCUGCGCCAGACAGGUCUUUUGCUCAUUGAGCGGUACUGCGAGUAUUUUGAGCGCCAUUCCGAGUAUCUUCCUCAUGCGCUCAACCUGCUAUUCGCGGCCGUUGGCGACCCUGUUCUUGGUGGGCCUUCUGCGAAAUCCAUCUCGACUCUCUGCUCGUCGUGUCGCUGCAUUCUCACGAGCGAAGCACCGGCCUUCAUCAUGCACUACCAAACAAUUCGUAGCAGACAGGUUCUCGACUCCCUUGCAGAGGAACGUAUCAUCCUUGCCAUUGCUUCUAUCAUCCAGGCCAUUCCGGAUUCCAACCAGAAGCUGGCUGUCUUUGAGAACCUCUACUCGAUCAUCAAGGCAGAUUGCGAGCGUGCUGUCCAGCUCAAACAGCAGCCCAGCAUAUUGAACCUGUCUGACCCCAACUUCUUGCGCGGUGUUGAGCAACCAGGCGAUGUUCCUUCUGCCGAUGAAGUCUCUCAGCAACUCGCCGUCCGUGCUCUCCGAUCGCUGCAAAGUAUGGCUAAGGGUAUGCAGGAUGUCAAGGAGCAUGUGGUUGACAUUGACGCCGAUCCAUUCUUCGCCAGCCAGGACCCGAAACUCUCUGCUAUCCAGUCCGAUAUCCUCAACGUCUUGGUCGAGAUGCAGAAGAAUUUCAACACCAGCGGAGAGAUCGUUGAAAUAAUAUGCAUCAUCUUUCGAGCAGGGUUUUCAGAGACCGAGCCGGGCCCGUUUGUGUUCCCUCCUGAAGUCGUGACAAAUUUCCUCAGUCAACAAAGAUUCGAAACGCCUAGGCUGGGCACUUUGUUGAGCACAGCAUGCUCGUUUGUCGGAAGUCUGUACAGGGGACCAAAGAAUAUGGUUCCAUCUUUACUGGCUCAGCUACUGCCUUGGGUAAUCAACAUGCUCAGUAGUCUUCCGGAACCAGAAAGCGACACAGAAGUAGCCCAGAACGGCAUUUGCUUCGUGGACAAGAUUAUGACAAGAUACCCGGAGGUGGUGUUCCAGAUUCAGCCGUCACAGAUGCUCGAGUUCUUUUUCAUGUUCUCGCUCAAGGUCCUAAACGGGAAGGAACCUCUGCCGAAGACAGCGUCGGCGGAAUUUUGGAGUAACUUCAUUACCCUCAAGUCUGAUUCACCCGAUCUUCAGGGAACCAUCAACGCCGCCAUGGAGCACCUCGGGCCGCUUAUAUCGCAGACUCUCAUCCAAAAUAUCGGGGGCAACGCUGCAAGAAGCGAGCUAGACAAGCUAAGUGACCCUCUCAAGAAGCUUGUGACGAGCCAAGUGCGUUCAAGGCAGUGGCUCGAACAGGCGCUCUUCGACCCCAGUUUCCCCGGUCAGCAGGUAGGCAACGACGAGAAGUCAACCUUUUUGAGGAAGAUUAUUGGGGUUAUGAAGCGAGCGAGGAAGGGCUCGACAAAGAGCUCUAUUGUGUGCAUCAAGGGUGGGCGGUCAUACUUCCAUACACAACCCUCACUCUUCAACCACAGUUCGUCCUAUCUCCAGUCGAGCUUCACCCAGACUGAAUUCACUACGUCCCAGUCAACACCAACCGCAACACCGACCAAAAAGGCACAAAGACAAGUAAUCUUCUCCGGUAUCCAGCCCACAGGCAUACCGCACUUGGGCAACUACCUCGGCGCCCUUCAGCAAUGGAAGCGCAUGCAGGACGGCGCGGAUCCUGAGACGACGGAUCUCAUUUUCUCCGUGGUUGACCUGCACGCCAUCACCGUGCCGCAGCAGCGCGGCAACCUCAAGAAAUGGAAGAGAGAAAUGCUUGCGGCGCUGCUGGCCAUCGGCUUGGACCCCAAGAGGUGCACCAUCUUUUACCAGAGCAUGGUGCCAGGGCAUUCGGAGUUGCAGUGGAUUUUGAGUUCGGCGGAUAUCCUCGUUCACAGGGCGACCCAUGUCCCCGUCGGCGAAGAUCAGAGGCAGCAUCUGGAGUUUGCUAGGGAAUGCGUGACCAACUUCAACCACGCCUAUAAGGGCAAGGUGUUGGUAGCUCCCGAGACGAUUUUGUCUCCAACAAAACGCGUAAUGUCUCUCCAACUUCCCACCAAAAAAAUGUCCAAAUCCGACCCCGACCCUUCCUCCCGCAUCCUCCUUACCGACACCCCCUCCGAGAUCCACGCCAAGAUCCUCAAAGCGCGGACCGACUCGCUCACGCCUUCCCUGGGCAUCACCUUCGACCCGAUCCAACGCCCCGGCGUCUCCAACCUGCUUCAGCUGCUCAGCCAUUUUGAUACGCAAAACCGUUCCGCGCAGGAGAUCGCGGCCCAGAUUAAUGCUGAAGUUGUGGGCAUUCAUGGUGGGCUAGGAGGAGAAGGGGAGGAGAAUCCGUUGAGGAAGUUAAAGGAGAGGGUGAGCGAGGUGGUGCAGAGAGAGCUGAAUCCGAUUAGGGAGAAAUAUUUGAAGCUGUUGCAGGAGGAUGGGGGGAAGGAGGGAGGUCAUUUGGAUGAGGUUAUUCGGGAGGGGGCGAGGAAGGCUAAUGAGAGUGCGGAGAGGACGAUGAGUAGGGUCAGGAGGGCUGUGGAGUUGGGUGCUUGAGGACAUGCAGAGUGGGAGGUUUUUGUAAGAUAGAUACUGGGUGAUCUGGUUCGGACACAUUUUCGGUAGAUAAAAGCUAUAUGGGAUGUCUGUAUCUG